AUGGGUCCACAACUUAGUAGUGAUUUGUGUAAUUAUGACUUAUCAUCGUGUUUAAGUAAUGCCAACUUAUCGCCAAGUGAUUACAUCAGUAAAAUUUUACAUCUUACUAAGGAUGGGAUUCUUAUUUGUGGGACCAUUCGCCAGGGUGUAUGUCAGAUAAGAUCCUAUCAUGAUCUUAGUGUUAUUCGUAAUGGUAGCGUUCCUGUUUCGCCAAACAGUGUUUCUGCUUCAUGUGUUUCAUUAAUCGAUUCUGAAGGAAUGCUAUUUGUUGCGUCUACUUAUGCUGUUGAUACACCUUAUAGAGAGUCAUUUCCCGCAAUUUCAAGUCGCUCACCACCGGAUUAUUAUAUAAUCAAUUCUGGAUCGAUCGAAGGUGAAGCUGCAGUUCAUAUUCGUGCUGAAUAUCGUCAACAAUUUCAUUGUCGUGGAACAGAUAAUCGUAAUUUUAAUAUAAUAACUUCGGCAGUGCUUAUGGACGAUCUGUUAAUAACAGCUUUCACAAAUAAUGAUCGUAAAGAAUCCGUUAUGUGCUUGUAUUCUAUGCAAAAAAUAACUUUAACUUUUUGGUAUAACAUUGAUAGAUGUCGAAUCGGCAGUGAUACAACACGUUUAGCACAUAUCGGACGUGAUAAUAAAUGUGUUAAUAAAUCUCAAAUCGCACUAAAUGAAGAUACGUGUGCAAUGGGUGUUGGUAGUCAUAUUGAAUGUGAUCAAAUAGCUGCUUAUCGAGUCGAUUUUCAGAUAAACUCAUUAGCUGCCAUCACCAUUAAUGAAAUAAUGCUUGGCAUAUUAGGUACCAAUGAUGGAAGGAUUAUUCAGGUAUGGGAGAAAAAAGCAUAA